AUGCCUACCGAACUAGCUCCUGGAACCGUGGGAAACCUCACUGCAGAGCAGGAAGUGAAGCUGCAGGAAUUCUGGGUGCUGCUCUUGAAGAUAUUCGGAAUCAAGUUGGAUGGGGUUGAAUCGACAACAAAGGAAGCUCCGCCGAGCACGCCCCAGGAGAAGAAGAAACAGCCCAAGCGCAUGUUCGGACUCUUCGGAAGAGGGAACGAAGUUGAGAAUGACGCGGCUAGCGAGAAAUCCACGGCGGGACUCUCGCACAAUCUUGCGUCAAUCCAGAUCUCUGAUGCCGACGACAAGUAUGGACAGUCGAAGGAAUUCCAGCAGGCACUGGUGGACAUGUCACCAGAAGAGAUCCGGGAAACAUUCUGGAGUAUGGUGAAACAAGAUAACCCGGAUACCCUGGUGCUGCGCUUUCUGCGAGCACGCAAGUGGGACAUCCAGAAGGCUCUCGUGAUGUUCAUCUCCACAAUCCGCUGGAGAUUAGCAGACGUGCAAGUGGACAAUGAUAUCAUGAAGAAUGGUGAGCAGCAUGCUCUAAAACAGUCGCAGAGUUCCGACUCCGCCGAGAAGAAGGUUGGUGAGGAUUUCUUGAGCCAGAUGCGCAUGGGCAAGAGCUUUCUCCAUGGUGUGGACAAACUCGGUCGGCCAAUCUGCGUUGUUAGGGUUCGUCUGCACAAAGCCGGUGAUCAGAGCCAGGAAGCCUUGGAUCGCUUCACUGUAUAUACAAUUGAAUCGGCGCGCAUGAUGCUUGUGCCCCCUGUGGAAACAGCAUGUAUCGUCUUCGAUAUGACGGACUUUUCGAUGGCCAACAUGGACUAUUCGCCCGUCAAGUUCAUGAUCAAGUGCUUUGAAGCCAAUUAUCCCGAGUCUCUUGGAGUGGUUCUUAUCCACAAGGCACCUUGGAUCUUCUCAGGUAUCUGGAACAUUAUCAAAGGGUGGCUUGAUCCUGUCGUUGCCGCCAAGAUUCAAUUCACCAAGAACGUCAAAGAUCUGGAAGAGUUCAUUCCCCGGGAUCGCAUCAUGAAAGAGCUCGACGGUGAUGAACAAUGGGAGUAUAAGUAUGUGGAAUGCGACCCAGAGGAAAAUAAAACAAUGGAGGAUUCGGCAAAGCGAGACGAGCUGGUUGCCCAGCGACAUGAACUUGCGAAGGAGAUCCAAGAUGCGACUAUCGCAUGGAUUUCUGCCAGCUCCAAGAACGACAAGGAAGCAGCGGCCGCGGCCAAGGAUAAGAGAAAGGAUCUCAUUGAGCGCUUAAGGGUGCAAUACUGGCAGCUUGACCCUUAUCUCCGCGCCAGAUCCUUGUAUGAUCGCUUGAAUGUGAUCCAAGGUGAUGGGAAGAUCAAUUUCUAUUCGGCCGAGAGCAAGUCGAAGGGCAAUGCGGCCAGCAGCAAAUGA